AUGAAAGCCCUCAGGACGGAAAUUGCUCGACUUGAAACUUCCGCGACCGAGCAAACACAGAUCGCCAAUGGCUCGAAGAAAUUGUGGGACUCUGAGAAGAAUGCGCUUGAGGUCAAAAUCAAUGACCUUGAGAAGGAGCUAGAGAGCAGCCAAAAGGUUAUCGCAGAUCACCUGAAGUCUCAAGCUCAGCUAUCCAAGGAAUGGGAGCGUUCACAAAAGAACGAUGGGGCUUUCAUCUCAGAGCUCAGGAACGACGAGCUACCGUCAAAGGACAACGCAUCGGCCUCGGAGACAUACGCAAUCCUCGAUGCAUCCCGCUCUAGGCCCGUCGACCUAACUCGGAGGCACCCCCGAAGGUUUGGAGAUUCCGCGAACCUUUGA